AUGAGAAUUGGGGCACUCAUGGCCACCAUGGCGUUCAUGAUCGCGGCUUCUGGAUCUUCCUUUCACCAUGAGCAUAUGCGUCGUCAGUCCGUGCCAGCGAAUCUUCCAGGCAACUGGUCGUCUAUUGGUUGCUUCACGGAUAACACCGGUGCGCGGACACUCAGCGGAGCGACGACCACUGAUCCGUCGAAUAUGACUGUUGAGAAUUGUAUCGCUUUUUGCGACGCCAAAGCCUUCAUCUUUGCAGGACUGGAAUUCCAUCAAGAGUGUUAUUGUGAUAAUUUUAUCGAAAACUCUGCUGUCAAUGCCUCCCUUUCUGACUGUACUCUCGCCUGUACCGGAAAUGCUGCCGAAUCUUGUGGAGGUGCUGGUCGUCUGAAUAUAUUCUGGAGCGGAGCCGAACCACCUCCACCACCGUCUAUCCCCACAUCUAUCGGGGACUGGGUCAGCCUCGGUUGCUAUAGUGACAACGUCAAUGGCCAGGGACGAACACUAGUCGAUGCAAUGAAUGUUGAUGGCGGUGCAGCGAAAGUCUCGCUUGAGACUUGUACCGCUGCAUGUUUCACCGCAGGAAUGCCAUACGCAGGAACUGAGUUCGCCGACGAGUGUUACUGUGGAAAUACUCUCUCGAAUGGCGGGGGGCCUGAACCGCUUGCCGACUGCAAUAUGUUGUGCGCGGGAAAUAGCUCAGAAUUUUGUGGCGGAGGCAAUCGUCUCUUGCUAUUCCAUUUCGUUGGCACUAAUCUACCGCCUCCGCCGCCGAAUAACGGUGGCGGGGGAGGUGGCGCUGGUGCUGGUGGGGCAACAGCCAUUGCUGUCGACCUUCCUGGGUCUUGGGCGUAUGUUGGCUGCUUUGUCGAUGGCGCUCAUGGACGUGUUUUGGACAACGAGCUUCCUGAUGCUGCUAAUCUAACGAUGGAGAGCUGCGUUGCCUCCUGCGAUGCUUUGAAUUUUACUAUUGCUGCAGGCGAGUUUUCGGUACAAUGCUUUUGUGGCGAUGUUCUCAUACAAGGCGCUGUUGCGGCUCCGAAUGCGGACUGUAAUAUGGCCUGCAGUGGGAAUUCAACGUGUGUGUGCGGCGCGGGAAAUCGCCUUUCGGUCUAUUCAACUGUACCGAACGGCAAUAUCACAAUUAUACCAGUCCCGACUCCACAAAACACUAGUCUACCUGACUUGUGGGAAUACCAAGGCUGUCUCGAAGAGAAACCGAAUGGUGAAGGCAACGUCUUUCCGUGGCAGAUACUACUUUUAGCAAAUAACUCGGCCACCAACUGUCUCUCCCAGUGUUCUGCUUUCGGAUAUACUGCUGGUGGGAUGGAGAUUGGCAACCAAUGCUACUGUGGUGAUAUCUCAGACGUCGCCGCAAGUGGAAUGACCAUUCGGCCCGAAAGUGAUUGUAAUUCCGUCUGUUCUGGUGACCUUGCUCACCUGUGUGGUGGACCGUUCCGCAUUCAAUACUACAAAUGGCAAGGUCAGGGUCCUGUGUGGCACACGCCCAAAAUUACUGGACGAUAUGAAUUUUUCGUUCCGGGGCUCAUUGCGCCGUUAAUCGCGACAGUGAACAUCAACAACAAGGUCACCUUUCUUGAGAAGUCUCCAUCAUUCUUCGACAAUACCACUGGCGCAUAUGAACUCGAUCUCAGUCUUGCGAGUAACUUUUCUGCUGCCUGGCGGACAAUGCACGUCAAGUCCAACAUCUUUUGUUCGGGUAGCAUAAUCCUCCCAGACAAAGCUGGUCGGCAGCUGAACGUGGGCGGCUGGUCUGAGGACUCGACUAAGGGCGUGAGGUUAUAUACUCCCGACGGAAGCCCUGGUAUCAACGGGACCAACGACUGGGAAGAAAAUUUUACAGAGCUGAAACUGCAGCGGCAGCGAUGGUAUCCAACUGCUGCUAUGCUCCCAAACGGCACAGUCAUGGUUCUGGGUGGGGAGAUUGGUUCAAACGACAAACCUGAACCAACUGUCGAAACACUGCCGACACCUCUGGGGGGAGACACUUUUAUCUUUCUAGAUUGGUUGAAUCGUACGGAUCCUAACAACCUUUAUCCCUUCGUCUUCAUUUUACCAAGUGGAAACAUUUUCGUUGUCUACUACAACGAAGCGCGUAUCUUGGAUGCAACCACCUUCGACACUAUUCGAACGUUGCCCAAUGCACCAGCCGCUGUCAAUGAUCCAACCGGAGGUCGAACAUAUCCACUUGAAGGCGCUGGCGUUAUCAUGCCCAUUCAUGCACCAUAUACGGAUCCGAUGGAAAUUCUUCUCUGUGGUGGAAGCACGCCCGGUCCUCAUACCGCCCUCGAUAAUUGUGUGUCGAUCAAACCAGAGGUGGAAAACGCAACCUGGACCUUGGAACGAAUGCCUUCUCGUCGUGUCAUGCCCUGCAUGACGCCUUUGGCUGACGGGACAUUCAUGGUUCUCAACGGCGCUGUUGCCGGUGCUGCAGGGUUUGGACUUGCAUCCAAUCCCAACCUGGGAGCGUUGCUUUACGACCCGGCUCUACCAGUCAAUCAGCGUAUUUCGAUCCUCAACACGACCAUUGUCGCACGACUUUAUCAUUCAGAAGCUGCCUUACUGCCCGAUGGCCGCGUAUUGGUUUCCGGUUCGGAUCCAGAGGAUAACAUAAAUCCCGAAGAACUCAGAGUUGAGGUUUACGUCCCUCCAUAUCUCGACCAGGGAUUUAUUCAACCAUCAUUCACUCUCAGCAACACAGACUGGGCAUAUAACAGCAAACACACGAUCACCGUGAAACUACAUCAGGGAACACCAUCAACCAUAAGAGUGACCCUCAUCGCAGCCACUGCUUCAACACACGGAAACACGAUGGGCAGUCGUACCAUCUUCCCCGCGUUCACCUGCUCGGGAACAACUUGCACCAUCACUGCACCUCCCAGCGCGUCGGUAUCGCCACCCGGUUGGCAUCAGCUCUUCGUGUUGGAUGGUCCAACUCCAUCGCACUCAACUUGGGUUCGAAUUGGCGGAGAUCCUGGAAAACUUGGGCUAUGGCCGGACUUCCCUGACUUUACCCUGCCCGGACGUCGGCUUAUCAACGAAACUAGGCGGAAGCAUUGGAACAUACUAAAUACCGCUUCUUGA